CGUUGCGUUGCAUAUAACCAGUAAUUUAUAUUCAUAUCAUUAUUGCAUCUCUACAUAAAACCAAUAUCAAUAUGUCUUUCAAACCAGCAAUUGCAAGCAUGUCCCUCGGGCGCUGUUUUGCCCAUCAUAGUCUCGAACAAAAGUUCAAAGCUGCCAGAGAUGCAGGUCUCUCUGGUAUUGAAAUGUUCUACGAAGAUCUAGCCGAUCUCGCCUCCACCCUACCUUCUCAUCCAUCACCUUCCUCUCAUAUUCACGCUGCGCAAUAUAUUCGCUCUCUCUCCUCAUAUUAUGGUCUUCCCAUCAUAGCCUGCGGGCCCUUCUUUUGCCAAGAAGGAUCUCUUUCCUCUUCCGCUAAAAAGUCUAAACUUCAAGAACUAAAUCUUUGGUUCCAAGUUUGCCGUAUACUAGGCACAGAUAUCAUUCAGAUUCCCUCCACAUUUACUUCCUCGUCUGGAAACACCCCUUCCAUAUCACAAAUGGUCUCCGAUCUUCGCGAAAUCGCCGAUUUGGGCGCUGCUCAAAAACCACCUUUCAGAUUCGCAUUUGAAAAUCUGUGUUUUGGUGCACAUAUUGAUACGUGGAGUGGAGCGUGGGAAAUCGUAAAGGGUGUUGAUAGGGAAAAUUUUGGAUUAUGUCUAGACACAUUCAAUAUCGCUGGGCGCGAAUUUGCUGACCCCGCUUCUCUUUCGGGUACUGUACCUGAUGCUCAAGCGACAUUCAAGAAAAGCUUGGAGAAGAUGGUACAGACUAUUGAUCCCAAAAAAGUAUUCUACAUCCAGAUCGUUGAUGCAGAGCGCCUGGCUGAGCCGCUGGUUGAAGGCCACGAGUUUUAUACCGAGGGAAUGAAAGCACGAAUGUCGUGGAGCAGGAAUUGUAGGUUAUUCCUGGGAGAGCAGGAUAGAGGGGGUUAUCUUCCCGUGAUGGAUGUUUUGAAAGCUAUAUGUGAUGGCUUAGGAUAUAAGGGUUGGGUGAGUUUCGAGUUAUUCAAUCGAAGCUUGGUGGAGAAAGGCGAUCAUGUUCCAAGAGAACAUGCUGAUAGAGCUGUCAGAAGUUGGGAAUUUGUAUGUGAGGAGAUGGGAUGGGAAAACGUGUGUGCUAAUAUGAACGAAAGAAGGGCAGAGAGGGAGAGAAGGGGGGAAAUUGGAACUGACGUUAUGGCUCGCUUGUAACUUUUGGAUUUAUGGAGUAGGUAGACGAUAUGCAUUACACGGCGCUUGGCGGGAUGGAAACAUUUAUACAUCAUGGCGUUAAAUAUACAUAGUACAU